AAGAUUCAAAAGCAUCCUUGUCUUAAAAAACAACAGUUUCAACCAAUGGUCACUCCCAUAAAAGAAACAACUUAACACCCAAGCACCCAAAAAAAAAAGAGAAAUUUCCAACAUUCCACACACCACUGCGACCAGCAUCGCCGCCGUCCUUCGCCGUCGCCGGUGAAUCAAGAUCGCCGGCGCCAUCAUGGGGGCUACUGCAGAACCUGCGGUGGAGAGAGAGAGUGAAGGUGGAGGAAGAGGAGCAGAGAAGGAGGAGAGAGAGGAAUUGAAGGAUGUGGAGAGAGGUGAGGUGGGAUUUCAAGGAGGAGUGGCUGGUUCUCAUGCGAACCAGACGGAUUUUCAUGCUUCAAUGAUGCAGAACUUGAACCCAACAAACCCUUUGAGGAUACUCAUCAAUGGAGGGACGAGAGUGACAACUCCUGCUCCGGCUCAUGCUUCCAUACCUCGCUCCGCACCUCCCCCUUCUCAUGCCUCCGUACCUCGCUCCACGCCUCCCCCUUCUCUUGCCUCCGUACCUCGCUCCACACCUACUCCUCAGUCUAUAGCAUCACUGAACUCAAGAAAUUACACAAACAAAAUAUCUCUCUUCCUGUUCCUCCUGCACUUGGUGAUAGCAUUCGGUUUAGUUGGUUUCCUUGUGUUCAAGGGGGUUCAAGGUCUUAUAGAGGCAUCGGAGGACAUUAAAAGAAAGGAAAAGGCUCUUCUAAAGCACUUCGUUCCACAAGUAGAAGCUGCGUCCUUCCUAAGUAUCACUCUUGCCUUUGCUUGGCAAAAGGCUGUGAGGGAAUGGCCUCAGUUCAUGAUCCAUUUCAUAUUGUGGAGCACUUUUGGCAUGUCAUUGUCAGCCGGAGCUCUGCUACUUUGCUUCCAGACACCUCCUACUGAUGGCGUAGGAGUCUGUUUCAUUGCAUUUGCCGUUGGCAAUGGCUUAUAUGCUUGCUGGGUUUCGCAAAGGACUCGGUUCUGUUGCAGCAUAUUCUUGAAAUCGCUGGAGCCUGUUUCAAAGUUCCGGGACAUAAAUCGACCCACGUAUGCGAUGCUUGGAGCUGGAUUUCUUUGGAUGUCUUUUUGGAUUUUAGCUGUUAUAGGGGCAUUGAACUUCUACUUUCCUCCUUUGAUCAUCAUUGCAAUGGUGUUGAGCUUGGCUUGGGUGACUGAAGUUAUGAGAAAUGUAGCGAAUAUAACAGUUAGCCGGGUCAUUGCUCUGUACUAUCUCAGAGGAAUGCAAUCUAGUACUCAGUUUUGCUUCCAGAGGGCAUUGACGCACAAUUUGGGAAGUGCUUGUCUUGGAUCUCUUUUUGUUCCGACCAUCGAAGCUCUGAGAAUUGUUGCUCGAGGUUUGAAUUUGCUUGAGGGAGAAGAUGAAUUCAUGUUUUCUUGUGCACAUUGCUGCCUCAGAGUGAUGGACUCCAUCUUCAGACACGGUAAUGGCUGGGCCUUUGUGCAGAUAGCAGCGUAUGGAAAAGGCUUUGUGAAAGCAUCACAAGAUACAUGGAAACUAUUUGAGGAACAAGAGAUGGAGCGCAUUGUUGACUCAGACAUCACCAGCUCGAUUUGCUUCCUCACUGGAGUUUGCAGUGGCUCAAUCUGUGUCAUUGUAGUUGCUGCUUGGACUUUCACAGUACACAAAAGCUUCACCGCCACGAUUUCCCUACUUGCAUUCCUUGUUGGGUACCUAAUGACCAGAAUUGCCAUGGCACUGCCUCAUGCUUGUGUGAGUUGCUACUAUGUGUGUUAUGCGGAGAACCCAGGGAACAGGCUCUUUGACAACACAAUAAAGGACCAUAAAAACGUGCUAAAAUCGGAACAGGAUGUGGUUGUGCCGACCCCAAGAGUGCCUCCUCGGUUCCGAAGAGCAUAGCCUGCAAGGCCAUGAAUCUCCGAGGAUCGGAUAUGUGACAAAGCAAUUGUACAGACACGGGGGGGAGUCGUGGCUUGUUAGAACCGUGGCCAAAUUUUCAUUCUUGGCGCGGAUACAUGUGCCGAUACGGAUAUGGAUCCUCUGGGCGGAGGUGGUUUUUCCAAGGGGAUGGUGAAGAACACAAAGGAUGUGUGGAAAUGGUGAAAGUCAAGCAAUUAUUAAAGUCCGUCCUUGGUAUUGGAGGAGUUGUGGACAGCCCACUCAAGAUUCUUAUCCACAAGGCUACAAGGAGAGCAAAGUUACUUUUGGCACUGCUUUUGCUCCAUGGUGUCAUAUGAUAUUGCAUAUACUUAAAGUAUAUUCGGUACAAGAGAGGGCUCCCACCAUCAUUAUUCAAUCGCUGCGCCCUCCAUUGAUUCAUUCAACAUUUACUUCUGUACGUAAAUGUUGCAUUUUUCUGCAGGUAGGUCAGUUUCGUGAAUUCUACUCAACUUGUAAAUAGUAUUUUCAUCUUGGUUUCCCCUGAAAGAAGAUCGAAAUAUGUGUGUAGGGGGAGGACGGCUUUAGCUGUUAUCUUU